GUGAAUGCCAGAAAAAUACUUUUCCUUUUUAGUGCCAAAGAAAAAAAGAUCAACAAUUCACUCUUUUUUCUCGUUUCACGAAAGUCGUGCCCUCCCUUCAAGUGUUUCACUCUUUUCCUAGCUAUUCUUGAAACCCAUCAACCACAGCCACAAUCCAUUUGAAAAUUCCUCUAGAUUUUUCUGUGUUUGCUCAUUCUUGAGCUCUGGGCUUCAUCAAAAACGGCGAUGGUGGCGUUAUGAAGUGUUAAAAAUGUCACCUUUACUUCAGAUGCGGCAUAUCUAGCUUAGCCCUCAAUGGCUCAUGCUCAUAAAAAUAACAGAGCAGCUGCUAGUAUUGAUGCCGGCGGCGAAACCGAAGCAAAGCCCACAACUUUUCAUGAUUUUCUUGGCCAUAAGGGGCAGCCUCAAGAAUCUGCUCCGCCGCCGGCCGGUGGUGGCAGGCCGUCGCAGGAUGUGUCGCCGUCCUCCACUUCUGAUCUGGGCUCUGAAAGACAUGUCAGCAAUCACUUGGAAGGAAUACCGUUUUAUGGAUCAAGAGGCGAUGUUGCUGGGCCGGAAAGUACUACUAGGUUCAUGAACAACAAACGAAGCAACUCUGACUCUUUCAUGAUGUCGUCAAAGGAUAAAUUUCCACAAGGGCCUACAGAUUCGCAAGACAGCCAGCUCUUCACUAAGCUGCUGCGCUAUUCAGGGGGCGAGCGGCCUAAACGCCCACACGAGGAGGAGGCAUCUUUUGGUAUCCAUCAAAGGAGGCCACUUUCGGCCUCUUUUAUAUCUCAGACUUCGACUGGUGGUAGAGCUGAUAACAAUCCUUCCAACUGGGACAGAGCCACAGCAGUUAAUCCGGGGCAAGCAAUGCAAUAUCCUCCACGAACUGGACAGGUCAUGCCAUUUAGCUACCAUGCCCAGUCGAAUAGGUUAAACGUCGGCCCUUCUCUAAUGUCACAAACGGCUGCUGAUGAAGGAUCGCGGACUGGAAUCAAAGGCUCCGGAAUUUUGAGCUCGUUAAAUGCUGCUGGAGCUAUCUCCGGGAGACAGCCUGCAGGGGUGCUCAUACGCAGUGGUAAAAGUAAAUCUGGCACUUGCAUUUCUGAACCAGAGUCUUCUGCUACGCCCAGCCGUCAUGGAACAGAAUCUUCUGGUCAAAUGACAAUAUUUUAUGGGGGCCAAGCACACGUUUUCGACAAUGUUCAUCCAAAUAAGGCGGACGUGAUAAUGGCAUUGGCCGGAUCAAAUGGAGGAUCUUGGUCGACAACCUACACGCCCAAUUCUUCAGCAGUCAGGCCAUCCACGGGAGAAAACCGCCUACCUAGCAGCAACAAUGAUGCCGGCAUUGCUAUGCUGAGGGAACUGCACAGGGGGGCAUCCGACAAAGGUGACACUCACCGCGGUUUUGCUUCGUCCGAUUGAUACACCAAUCCUGCUACUCCAUUCAUAUUUUUUGAUAUUGAAACCUCUGGAAAGAUCCAUCACCAAGAAUCUGAGAGGAAUCUGUAGCAGAAUCAUCGCAGGAGGGGAAGCUGAGUGUGAGGUUUAGGUGUGAUUGAUUUAUUUGAAGUAGAAGACAAUCAAUCAUAUUAGCUAUGUAACUUUUGCAUAUUCAUCAUAGAUUCUCUUCAUUCUCACUCUGCAACUUCAUUUAGAACAAAAAAAUAUUGAGCAAAUUAACUUGAAUUUUUAUUACCAGAUUUUAUCAAGACUA